UGCUCAAAACAAUGUAAUCAUAGUAACGAGACCGCUGAGUAAUAUGAGUGGGUUGGAAAACGACACUCCAUCUUUUGGUGAUGCCAAAUCUCACAAAUACUCGAAUUGGAGUGAGGUGAUAGAUGCAAUUACUCAAGAUGAGGAGGUAAAGCCAGCGAUGAGUAAAAGUUUUCGUUCAACUCUAACAACUGGGAUCCAUGAAAAAUUUUUUUUACCGGGGUACUCACAUUGCACAGUCGGAAAUUGGACUUCAAUACAAAAAAAGAAGACAGAUACCCCAAAUUAUGGAUAUUUACCGAAUAGUUCUUAUACUUCAGAUGAAAAUACAGAAUUAAAUGUGAAUGAAGAAUUAUUUUCUUUCAAACCAAUAAUUCUCAAUUCAAUCUUGCUUCUUCAAGAAAAUGCAAAAGAGCUGGAAUUAAUGGAAGCGCAGAAUAAUUGCUCUAAUUUUAUGAAAGAUUUUAUAUCAAAAUUGCAGUCCGCAUUAAAACGAGAAAAGCAGUUUUUGGAAACCUAUGAUAAAAAAUUCAAUAUGAGGGUGAAUUCUACCCACGGAGCUGGCACUAGUUCGAACAGCGAUUCGAAUGUAACUGACUCUGAUAAUCAUUCUGGUGAAUACCCUCCAGCUUCAGUGCCAAAAAAACUACCUAAAUUGGGAAAAGUUUAUGCUGAACUGCGCUCAUGCAUGAAGUCAUGUGAUGAUACCGGAAAACUAUGGUUAUCCAAAACUGGGACUGCUGCUCUAAUAGGUCUUAGAAUGAAGGAAAAAUGCUUGGAACUACAAAGUGAAAUGUUACUUCACGUACGUUGGUUAAUUGAAGCUCGAUUACGUAACAUGGGGAAAUUUGUAUCAUCACAUUAUGAUGACGAAUCUUUUUACAUUAGUGAUUUAUUUUGUUCCAACGAGAAUAAAAAGUUCUGCAAAUUAUUCGAGGUUUAUAAUCAAAGUGUUUUUUCCUACCUUAAAGAAUGCGGCCAUAGUGAUGUCGAAUUUAAUAGCAAAUAUGGUGAAUUUACGCAAGCUAAUAUGCAUUCUACUGGCAAUUUGAGUGAGUCAUACACUCACAGUUUGGGUGAAUCGAGCAGUAUUCAACGUUCGAGUGGGAUUUAUCCAAUUUCUGUUAAGACGAUGUUGGAUAUUUUGUCAGAAGACUUUAUGAUUAAAGUUGGACCAGCUGUAGCUUACAUUCUUCAAAGCUGUAGAAUUUUUCAGCCAUUUGAUACUUUGAUCACACAAUCUACCGUAGGUUAUAAUACAUCUAGCGAAGGCUUUUUAUGGGAGGAUGCUUCUAAGAUUGAAGUAAGACCUGUGCAACCUCAAAAAAGUCACAAGUCUUCGUUUUUCAGAGUCAUUAAAAGAGUUGCGGGUAUCAACGUCCCUGAUAUAAACAUGGAAAAAACAGUAGAAUAUUGUGCUAUUUUAGCAAAAUGGUAUUCAAAGCACCAUGAUGUGGUUUCAUUAUUCUUGUCAAGCAUUGGAGGAAAAACGAAAAUUCUACGUCGAAGUCACAAUUUUGAUUCUUAUUUGUCAGAUGAUACCAUGUCUGUAGCAAGUUCAGAUAACAGAAGUACAUCAUCAUUCGUAAAACAUAACGAAACAAAAAGUGUGGUAUGGAGAGAUGCAUGGAAUAAUGACGCAAUGAAAGUCAUCACUUCGCAGUAUUUAGAAUUCCUAACUAAUUCCCUUCCAAAACUUCAUAUGCCUUCUUUGAUAAAUCAACCAUUGCCAAGUAAUUCUAUCACAAUGAAAGAAUCGAAUCGAACAACUUUUUUUGCAAUAAAUGAUAUUGGGAUCUUACUACUACAGGCGGUUGUAUCAAACAUAGGUCAUUUAAACGUAAUGCCUGAUGACUUGCAUAAUUCUUUAAUGGCUACCUCUGCUGAAAUUGUUAUUAAUUCUGCUCUAUCUUGUUCAGAUGGCAUGCUUUGUGAGAUGCUAGGGAAAAGUACUCCAUCUUAUGAUAAACCUUCAAUUCAAAUGAUUGCUAGUACUGAUGUGAGCCUUGUUUCUCAUUGUUGUGUAUCUUCGCUUCAGCCGCUCAUGUAUAUUCUUGAGUUUUACUCUCACAAUGAUAUUGUGACUCAGAAUGCUUUGCCAAGAACUGAAGCUAUCUUAUGUGGUGGUUUCUGGUGGAUAAAAAGAAAAAUUCAGGAGUUUUUCUCUAUUGGUAAUAUCCCAUCUGCGCUACGAAUGUGUCUGUGCGACCUACAAGAACUUACCAACAUCGGGUUGGAUUGUUUAAGAUUAGUUGAGUCUUGUCAUAAUUAUUUGGAAACGAAACGGAAUCAAAAUUCAGCUGCCUUGACAAUCGCAACACGACAUCUACACAAUAUUGAUUCUAUUAUUACAAAUAUGCAAGUUACUAGUGGCUCUUGUAUGCUGCGACUCGGUAAUGAAAGUAAACGAAUCGCUUCUAAAAUUAUAACGAAUAAUUUUCCUUCGCAAAAAUUUUGGAUACAGAAAAAUACGAUUAAUAGUGAAAUGGAGAAUAAGUAUGUACAAGAGCUCGUUAAUUCGUUGAUAAAAGUUGCAGCAGAAGCGAUUUCCGAGAUGAGUUCACAAUUGCAAUUGGCUGGCAUGACACCUGUGGUAAACGCAGUCUAUGAAGCUUGCCUUUCACAUAUAGCAAAAACGAAAGUAAGAUUCACAGUGCAGGGUGCAUUACAACUUUCUUAUGACUUCUCAGAAAUACUGAACUUUAUUACCGCUGAUAUAAAUGGGCUUUCCGCUGAUGUAAGAUCGUCCUUAUCGUCACUACAUUCUGUAAAACGAUCUUUGCAUGUUACAGAAUUGCUUCAAAGUACAGCUUAUGAUAAUGCUGCUUAUGUGGAUGACAGAUUCCGUCCGCAGAGUAAACUUCGUUCCUCAACAGCAAGUAUCAGUGAUAAUGAUGACAAUAAUAUAGACAAUUCAGAAUUAGAUGAUAAAUUUUGGCUUUCGUUAAGGAAACAUAACAUGCGUAGAAGCAAAUCGUGGACUUCUUUUAUUCCUUGCAUGGAACAAAAGUAAUUACCGUUACCCAACAAUGAGUUAUUAAAAUUUUUUUCUUUGCUGCCAAAUUUAAUUUCAUUAUUGUACUUGUUCGGAUGAUUGUUGUUUUUGGAAAAAUAUCGCUUUUCUACGAAAUUUAUGGACAAAUUGAUUUCAGUUCAAUUUUCAGUAUGAGAAGAAGUUUUUAGAAAUUUUUUAUUUUUGUCAAAUUUGCUAUUGGCCUGAUAUUUCACCAUACAUUUUGCUGUUUCAUUUUGAUUGAACUCUUUUUUUUUUUCCUGUUUUACUUGUCCCUCCAUAUUCUCAAUUACCGUAGCGGUACCGAUGCAUGAUAUUCGGUUUUUAUUAAUAGUUCUGCAAUAGGAAUAACAAGGUGCUUUAUCUUGUUUCUUGACCAAAAACUCAACUACCUCAGUUUAAUAUUAAUAAAUUUAGUUAUUACAAAAAAACUUGGUGAAAAAGGUAAUUUGUAAGUCUGUUCUAUUUUACCUUAAUCAAUUUUUCCCUAAUCCAAUCGCAGUCUUAUAUUACCUAAAUUACAAUCCAAAUAUUAUUCUCACCAAUAGUCUUAGUUGUAAUUCAAGCGUCAAGUUGUUAAGCUUGCACACUUAAUCAAAUGUUAUAGCUCAAACACUGUUUUAGAAAAAAAAAGGUGUUUAGAAAUCAGAACAUUUUUUGUUUUGGAGAGUCAAAUUGUAAAACACUGCUGAUUAUGUAUAUGUAUAUAUCUUUCAAACGCUAAACAAAGUCGAUGGAAAUAUUUAUAUUUUACGUUUGUUUGUUAGUGCUAAAUUCUGCUAUCAUCAAUAACGGUUCAAAUUCACAACAUGCAAAAAUGCAUUUAAAUAAAGUAGUGUUGAAUUGAUCACACACAGGUGUAGCUAGCUACCUACAUCUAUUACAUAACAAUUACCGUAGUUUUUUGUUAUUGCCAGUUCCUAUGUUAGGAGAGCUGAGCCUUCGUUUCACCAACAAAAGAUAAUUCAAUAUUACAGACAUAAUAUUUCCAAUAUGAUAUUGUUUGAAAAAUUUUAUUAACAAAGUGCUUUUUACUUAUAAUCUGUAAUUUGUAUUUAUUCAUUCUUCUACUUUUUUUUUUGUGCGCAAUUCAUAUUUUAUACUGCAGUACCUUUUCUACUUUAUAUUGCACACACUAUCUAUUUUAUUGCUUUAAUCUAUUAGGGUGCAAUUGAAAUAUUUUUGUUGUUUAAAUGAUCAAACUUGUUUGUGACAGAUUGAAUAGCUUGUAUGACCAUUUUUUGAUGUUAGGUACAUAGCUGAUAUUUCGGCCAAAUUUAUUAAUUUCACCAUAGCUGUCGAGGUUGGGCUGUUGACUUUGAGUCCAAAUUGAUAAAAAGUUUUACCCGGCCUUUAGAUCCGAACUCUUAUGAAAAUCAAAUUUUGUCAAUAAUAGACUGUUCAGAACGCUUGAAAGUUUUGACUUUGAUUAUCACCAUUAAAUUUUGGAAAUUCCGUCCACAGGAGUUCAAAAAUACAACUCCGAAUUCAAUCAAAACAUGCAAUUAAAACUCCACAGCUCAGGGUUUUACUGGGGUAAUGGAGAGGAGCGUGUUUAACUUGAUUUCAAUCGCGUAAACACUUUCUCAUACAAUUCAGUUCCAAACCCUAACUAAAAUCACUGAGAUAACAAAACCGGUUGAGAUCGCAUACCAAAGUAGAACCGAAUUAAAUAUAUCACGUUUGAAUGUGAUUAAAAAUACAACUCAAUUCGGAAUUUUUUAGAUUCAAAUAUUGUAGUUUGAGACUUUCAACUUUAAAAAUAAACUAAUACUACGGUAAACUAAAUCAAAUACUAAACAUUGUUAGUA